AUGGCCUCGCAGCAGUCGUCCGAUGCCGCCGACGCCAACAUCCAGAUCUGGAAGGUCAAGAAGCUGGUCAAGCAGCUCGACGCCGCUCGCGGCGCGGGAACCUCGAUGAUCUCGCUCAUCCUGCCGCCACGCUCCCAGAUCUCGCAGGCGUCCAACAUGCUCACGCAGGAGUACGGCACCGCCUCCAACAUCAAGUCGCGCGUCAAUCGCCUCUCGGUCCUCUCGGCCAUCACCUCGACCCAGCAGCGCCUCAAGCUAUACAACCGCGUCCCCGACAACGGCCUCGUCGUCUACUGCGGCACCAUCCUCACAGACGAGGGCAAGGAGAAGAAGGUCAACUUCUCCUUUGAGCCCUUCAAGCCCAUCAACACCUCGCUCUACCUCUGCGACAACAAGUUCCACACCGAGGCCCUCAGCGAGCUCCUCGAGGCCGACUCCAAGUUUGGCUUCAUCAUCAUGGACGGAAACGGCGCCCUCUUUGGCACCCUCUCGGGCAACACAAGAACAGUGCUCCAGAAGUUCUCGGUCGACCUGCCCAAGAAGCACGGCCGUGGUGGUCAGUCGGCGCUGCGUUUCGCCCGUCUGCGAGAAGAGGCGCGACACAAUUACGUGCGCAAGGUGGCCGAGAUGGCGACGACGCACUUUAUCACGGACAACAAGUGCAACUGCGUCGGCCUGGUGCUCGCCGGUUCGGCCGACUUCAAGACGGAGCUGGGCCAGUCGGACAUGUUCGACUUCCGGCUGGCGCCCAAGAUUAUCCGCACGGUCGACGUGUCGUACGGCGGCGAGAACGGCUUCAACCAGGCCAUUGAGCUGUCGGCCGAGUCGCUCCAGAACGUCAAGUUUGUGCAGGAGAAGAAGCUGAUUCAAAAGUACUUUGACGAGAUCUCGCUCGAGACGGGCAAGUACUGCUUCGGCCUCGACGACACGUUCAAGGCGCUCGAGCUCGGCGCCGUCGAGACGCUCAUCGUCUGGGAGAACCUCGAGGUGACGCGGUACGUGCUCAAGGACAGCGAGGGGAGCACCAACGUCCUGAUGCUCAACAAGGAGCAGGAAAAGGACAAGAGCCGCUUCCUCGACAAGGCGACGGGCGAGUCGAUGGAGCAGGUCGAGGAGCCCAUGCCGCUGCUCGAGUGGCUCGCCGAAAACUACCGCACCUUCGGCACCAACCUCGAGUUUGUCACCGACCGAUCACAAGAGGGCAUGCAGUUCUGCAAGGGCUUCGGCGGCAUCGGCGGCAUCCUCCGGUACAAGGUCGCCUUCGAGGACAUGGCCGUCUACGAGGACGACGACGAGUUCAUGAGCGAUGACAGCGACGACUAG